CGAUUGCAUCAUCUGUGGACCACGAGGCGCAAGCGCAGUGCUCCUCGGCGCCUGCUUGGAGACAGCUGUCCUUUCCUCCUGGCCGUCGAUCUGGGAUUUAGUUUUCUCUUGGUGGUUUGCGGAUGUCCGAGGAGCAGGCCAGUAGCCCUUCAGCGAAAAUGGGAGACGAGGAGAAGCCGGUAGGUGCUGGUGAAGAGAAACAAAAGGAAGGAAGCAAGAAGAAGAAUAAAGAAGGAUCGGGGGAUGGAGGUCGAGCAGAGUUGAAUCCUUGGCCCGAAUAUAUUAACACACGUCUUGAGAUGUACAAUAAGCUAAAAGCAGAACACGAUUCCAUUCUGGCAGAAAAGGCAGAAAAAGAUAGUAAGCCCAUUAAAGUCACCCUGCCUGAUGGUAAACAGGUGGAUGCAGAAUCCUGGAAAACUACACCAUAUCAAAUUGCUUGUGGAAUUAGCCACACAGCUGCCUGUACCUCUCCUAACACAUCUCUGCUUGCAUCCAUGCCAGUUCUCACACUUGGAGUGCCACUUCCUCUCCUUUUCUUCCUUCAAGGCCUGGCCGACAACACUGUCAUUGCUAAGGUGAAUAAAGCCGUCUGGGACCUAGACCGUCCUCUGGAGGAAGAUUGCACCUUGGAGCUGCUCAAGUUUGAGGAUGAGGAAGCUCAAGCAGUGUAUUGGCACUCAAGUGCUCACAUAAUGGGUGAAGCCAUGGAAAGAGUCUAUGGUGGAUGUUUGUGCUAUGGACCACCAAUAGAAAAUGGAUUCUAUUAUGACAUGUACCUUGAAGAAGGGGGUGUGUCCAGCAAUGAUUUCUCUUCUUUGGAGACUUUAUGUAAGAAAAUCAUUAAAGAAAAGCAAGCUUUUGAAAGAUUAGAAGUUAAGAAGGAAACUUUACUGGAAAUGUUUAAGUACAACAAGUUCAAAUGUAGGAUUUUGAAUGAAAAAGUGAAUACUCCAACUACCACAGUCUACAGGUGUGGCCCCUUGAUAGAUCUCUGCCGGGGUCCUCAUGUCAGACACACUGGCAAAAUCAAGACUUUGAAAAUACACAAAAAUUCCUCCACCUACUGGGAAGGCAAGUCAGAUAUGGAGACUCUACAGAGAAUUUACGGCAUUUCAUUUCCAGAUCCUAAGAUGCUGAAAGAAUGGGAGAAGUUCCAAGAGGAGGCUAAAAACCGAGAUCAUAGGAAAAUUGGAAGGGACCAAGAACUCUACUUCUUCCAUGAACUCAGCCCUGGGAGUUGUUUUUUCCUGCCCAAGGGAGCCUACAUUUAUAACACACUUAUUGAAUUCAUCAGGAGUGAAUACAGGAAACGAGGAUUCCAGGAGGUGGUCACCCCGAACAUCUAUAACAGCCGGCUCUGGGUGACCUCGGGCCACUGGCAGCACUACAGCGAGAACAUGUUCUCCUUUGAAGUGGAAAAGGAGCUGUUUGCCCUGAAACCCAUGAACUGCCCGGGACACUGCCUCAUGUUUGAUCAUCGGCCAAGAUCCUGGCGAGAGUUGCCUCUGCGAGUUGCUGAUUUUGGGGUGCUUCAUAGGAAUGAGCUGUCAGGAGCACUCACAGGACUCACUCGGGUCCGAAGGUUCCAGCAAGAUGAUGCCCAUAUAUUCUGUGCCAUCGAGCAGAUUGAGGAUGAAAUAAAAGGUUGUUUGGAUUUUCUGCGUACAGUAUAUAGCAUAUUUGGAUUUUCUUUUAAACUGAACCUGUCUACUCGCCCAGAAAAAUUCCUUGGAGAUAUUGAAGUAUGGAAUCAAGCUGAGAAACAACUUGAGAACAGUCUGAAUGAGUUUGGUGAAAAGUGGGAAUUAAAUCCCGGAGAUGGAGCUUUCUAUGGUCCAAAGAUUGACAUCCAGAUUAAAGACGCUAUUGGGCGGUACCACCAGUGUGCAACAGUACAGCUGGAUUUUCAGUUGCCCAUUAGAUUUAAUCUUACUUUUGUAAGCCAUGAUGGUGAUGAUAAGAAAAGGCCAGUCAUUAUCCAUAGAGCCAUCUUGGGGUCAGUGGAAAGAAUGAUUGCUAUCCUCACUGAAAACUAUGGGGGCAAAUGGCCCUUCUGGCUGUCCCCUCGUCAGGUAAUGGUAGUUCCAGUGGGACCAACGUGUGAUGAAUAUGCCCAAAAGGUACGGCAACAAUUCCACGAUGCUAAAUUCAUGGUGGACAUUGAUCUGGAUCCAGGCUGUACAUUAAACAAGAAGAUCAGAAAUGCACAGUUAGCACAAUAUAACUUCAUCCUAGUUGUUGGUGAAAAAGAGAAAACCAGCGGUACUGUCAAUAUCCGCACCAGAGACAAUAAGGUGCACGGAGAACGUACGACCUCUGAAACCAUCGAGCGGCUCCAGCAGCUCAAGCAUUCCCGCAGCAAACAGGCAGAAGAAGAGUUUUAAGGAAGAACUUUGCCCAGCUUGGCUCAGUAGAAAAGGGUGAGCAGGUUUGCCUACCGUGAACUUUGUAUGAUGGAAAAUAUCAGCUUAUACUGACCUUGGAAUAAUUUGGCGGAGCCUUCGGAGAUUACUGCAGAUCAAUAUUUUUUAAUUUAGCCUUUAGACUAUUUAGACUUUAGACGUAUUUGAAGAAGGUAAUUAAAAGUGACCCAGUAACAUGAUUUUAUUCAUUAAAUUUCUGAACACUGAAAUUAAAGCAUGAGGAAUGUGCUAAUGUAAUGUGGAAGAAUGUUUUUGUAAAUGUAAUACAGCUAAAAUGUAAGUUUUUUCAGAUUUGGUCAAUGGAAAAGAUCAGAAUUGGAUUAUGAUAUAAAAAAUAAAAACUUCUGUUCACGUAA